AACGUACAAAGCGAUGUUGCCUGUUAGUUUUUCUGCGUGGUCUGCCUGCGCUUCAAGCACCGGUGGCGGGUCGGGCCUAGCAGGCUGCCCUGUAGAUGGGAUGCGGAAAGGAGGCGGGUUAUAUCUGCCGAAAGCAGACGCCAUCUUACUACGCGGGCGUUGGGUCUAACACUCAAAAUUGGGUCGCCCUUAUGUUUUGCCUUGCCUCUUGAUGUUUGCCGCUCCAGGCUUAACGACCCCUGUUGAUGAAGUGGCGCUUGGCGCCUUCGCGUGUCCGUGCACUUGACACGCAGGGUCGCUGGCCUAAGCUGUUCCUUCAUGACAACACGGGGCUGCUGUAUGAGCGAGUCCGGAGCCUUACAAACCCGAAUCGCGCUAGAUCGUCGAAGACGCACUACCGCACCCGCCGGUGGUCUCCCGAGACAUGGCUGCUCUUAGUACACGCCAACAACGCCGCCCGCCUCGCGCAGAGCUGUCGCGAUAUCGCUGAUUGGGUCAAGAUUGUGGGUGACGAGAUCCGCGGGCGGACAUGUUUGAGCUGGUGCACGACUGGCUGUGCGCAUGCAAGCAGCGAUGACUGCUUGUGCUGGACAAUGUAGACGAUGCUCGCAUUCUUCUUGGUCAGGUGAAUCGCGACGUACAAAUACA